CCCUCCCGGCCCCGGGACACGUCUGCGCUGCGAGGAGGGCGGGGGGCUGAGGGUCCCUUGGGACCCGCGUCGGGACGCAAACCCCUGGUGCCGGCGGAGCGCGGAGGUGGGCCUGGCCGCGGCCCCCCUGGCCUGCGAGCGGCCGCCCGGGAGAGGAAUUGCGGGGUUUGAGACAUCCGCUGCACCUCGGACCUUGACCUGUGGCCUGGGAGGGGGUGAGAUCUACUCUGACCACCUGACCGCCUUCCUGGGCGCCCGAGUCGGGGCUUCCACGCCAGGACUGUCCCUUUCCCCCCCAGCAUGCAGACCCAGCAGAGCGGCGUCCAGUACAGCAGGUGGGAUGACAGCGGCCAGGACGAAGUCCACGUGGCUGCAGUGUCCAGCCCGGAGGAGGCCUCGAGCUGGGAGAGGAUCUCCCGGAAGCUGUGCUCAGGCAAGCUGGGCGUCACCAUGAAGGUGCUGGGCGCAGUGGCCCUCUUCUGGGCCGUCUUCAUCCUGGGCUACGUCACCGGCUACUACGUGCACAAGUGCAAAUAAGGCUGCCCCGCACACACGUGCCUGGGGACACAGCCGGACGGACACUCCUGUGCACCAGAACUCCGUGUGUGUGCACAGACCCACAUGCACACGGACCCUCGUACACACGUUUCCUCCAUGUGCACACUCACGCCCACCCACGGACCCCGGGGCCACAGCAGUCACUGGUCACCACAGGGCACACAGGGGAGCAGGGACACAGGUGCACGAUGGCACACACGUGCCUUGCGCACGCAGCCAGCCAGGGGCACACGUGGCCGGGAGAUGUGGCCCAGCCUGAGCUGGGGCUAUGGGACACACCCUCUGGGUCCUCCCUGAGCGGGAGAUGUGCGGGGCUGGGGGCA